AACAGAAAAAGAAAUGACAAAUCCUCUCGAUGAUUCCUUUUAAGAAUUGUUUUUCUUGGGACUGAAAUAUUUUUGGCAUAGUUGGAGUAGUCAUGGUCCAUCAGUCUGCCCUGUUGUUGUUCACUGCAAGAAUGGCUAGAGUUAGUAGGAACUUACCGCGAAAACGAGUUCUCCGAGGAAAGUUGUCGAAAGAGAUUAGCGACCCUAUCGAUUCUUGCGUGACGGAGAUACGCUUUGCCAAAAAGGUUAAGCACCGUUUGGAGCCUUGGAACUUUUUACCCGGUGAUACAGUGGAAGUUUUAAAUGGUCCUGAGAAGGGUAAACGGUCUCGUGUUUUGUUGUCACUUCCUGAAUCCAAUGAUCUCGUGAUUGAAGACACCAACGUUCAAACAGUAUUGAGGUUGAAAGACAAUGGUAACGAAACAGAGGAAGUGAAAACAGAACAUCCUUUGAAAGCUUCCAGAGUGUCUUUGGUUUGUCCAGAAACAGGGAAGCCAACCGAUGUUGUUUAUCGUUAUUUGGAAGAUGGGACAAGAGUUCGAGUUGCAAAGGUUUCUGGAGCCAUUGUACCUUAUCCUCAGUUAGCAACAAAUGUAGAAAAGGGCAAAGAAAAGAAACCAGAUGAAAUGAAAGUAGACAAUAUAUACUUGUGUACUCCUCCUGAAAAGGCUGUCAAGAAAACAUUGGAAACCAAAGGUCUUGCCACUGUCAUAGAAGUGGAAGAUUUCUGAGUCUUGUAUAAUGAAGAGAAAAAAAUUUCUUUGCCUCUGACGUAGUUAGUCUAUUCCGCGUAGAAUCUCUUUAAGCUCGUCUCGUGUAGCUUGCUUUUUAACUACUACAAAGAAGAGUGGAACCUUUGAAGGUUGCUUCUCAUUUUGUUGCCCUUCAGAAGAAUAUUUCCGAAUUUGCGUUAAAGCUAUUCCUGUAUGGGUUCUUAGAUUUAAAGUUCUAUUAGUUCUUUUUGGAUCGUCCAGGCCUGUCAUGAAUACUUUACAAGACUUUAUACAUCCAUUGGUGGAGCGUUGUCUUGUAGACAAGAAUAAAUGACUGGACAGGAAGCCCAAAUGACUUUAGUAUGAAUAUUUGUAAACUCUAUAACGCAUAAUUGUCAUGGUUACAUUCUCAAGCAACUUUUGAAAUAGUUCACUAGAAAUUGGAUACAAUAGUUAUCCAAGUGGAAUUGAACGGAUGUGUAUAUCAUCAGUCUUUCUAAAUGAUAAUCUCGAAUGGUUGUGAAUGACCAAUGUUUCAAGAUUCCAUAGCAAAGUGGCUAUAGAAGUGGUUGAAUAGUAAUAAACAAAGGGCUAUUGAUAUUACGAGGACUAAUCAUUGUUUUCAAGUAACAACAAUGAAAUGCUGUGUAUGCCUUAUUUUGGUUGAUGACAAAUAUCUAGAAUAAAUUACUCUCCAUUCAA